AUGGAUGUGGAAAGUGAAAAAAUCGAUGCCAUUGAGGCAUGUCGAACGUGUGGUGUUUAUUAUAUGACCACGACCAACUAUUUGAGGCCACUUUUUCAAUCGGCUGUAGAUUGUCCCGAAAUGAUGCAUAUACGCUUGGAAUUGGCUCAAUGGAAAAUAGAGAUAAAUGAACAUGACGGUUUGCCUCAAUAUAUGUGCAAUACAUGUAUACAUGAAUUCCUGAAAAUAUUUAAAUUCCGUUCGGCCUGCUUGGAAACCCAAGACCAGUUGCGUAUAUUCUAUAAUAUGCGUGAACAAAAUUUGGCCAACAUUAAAAUAAAGACUGAAGUUGUAGAACCAGCAGAUGAAGCACCCGAGUGUAAUUUCAUAUAUGUCGAUGAUAUCAGCGAUGAUGAGUACAAUGAUAAUAUAACACCAUUUAAAGUUCCUCAUGUACCCAUAAAAGAGGAACUAAUCGAAGAAGCCAAUGUACCAUGUGAAAAUAUGAAAAAGCUGCAUGUCAGUAAAGAAUCCUCGUCGGAGAAUGUUGAAACAGCUCCUGUGGUAUAUGAGCAAGCCUAUGCAUUAGAGUCAGCUCAAGAAACACGCGAGCCUUCUCCCUCGCCGGUCGAAUGCGAACUGUGUCAACAUCUAUCGCCCAAUCAAGAUGAACAUAAACAACACUUACAACGUGUCCAUGAAGUUCGUGACAUUGAAUGCCAUAUUUGUGGUAAAGUUUUCAAAAAUUCAACAACAUCACGUUUUAAAUUCCAUCUCAAAUGGCACAACCUUAACAAACAUGUCAAAUGUCCUCAGUGUGGUUUUGUGUGUAAUUCUCGGGCGGCACUCAAGGAACAUCGUAGAGCCGUUCAUACGAAAAUCAGUUGUAAAAUAUGUGGAAAGGUGGGAAGUAUUUAG